AUGCACCCCACAGCUCGAGACCCCACCAGGACUCCCCAUGAGCUGUGGUUCAAGGCAAAGCCUGAUGUGUCUCAUCUUCGUGUUUGGGGAUGCCUUGCCUAUGUGCAUGUGCAAAGAGACAAGAGAGGUCCUUCUGGGCAUCAUGUCCAGAAGUGUAUCUUUGUAGGCUAUCCUGCAGGGUACAAGGGAUGGUUGUUCUUCAACCCAGAGACUCGGAAACUCGUGAUCGCUGAGAGAGCAGUGUUUGAUGAGCGCUACUUCCCAGGCAGUACCCCUCAAGCUAUGAGGAGCUGUCCUGCUGCACCCCCCUCCUCCAUGCUGGUGGAUCCCCCUCGUGCUCCGGCACCGGUGUAUGUCCCUGAUGACGAUGGUGAUGAUGAGCAGCAACAGCCGCCUGCUCGUCCUCUCCCUGCACCUCGAAUUCCCUCUUCUGCAGCCAGCACUCCACCACCUCCAUCUCCACCACCAGCUGGGGAUGCCCCGCUUCACCCUCUACCCUUGCCUCCUCCUCCCCAAUCUCCAAUUGGGGUGGCAGCUUGUCGUGCUGCUGCUGGCAUCCAUCGUGUCCCUGCACCACCCAGGAGGGCUCCAGCUCCGGCUGCAGCUCCUCCCAGGCGCACUAUGGCAGAGAUCUUUGAAGAGAUCCCUGAAGACCUCAGUGACGAUGAGCUGCUUCUGAACUCAUCCUCUGCCCUUAUUGUGGCUCGUGAGGGUGACCCCUCAGAUCCUAAGCUGGCAGCAGCUCACGCUACUGCAGUGCAGUCUGUGUUGUCUGCUGUAGCCUCUGGGAACCCCAGGUCGUUCUUUGAAGCGUCCAAGCGGGAGGAUGGUCCACUAUGGCGCGCUGCAGCUGCUUCGGAGAUUGACUCUCUGCUCAGCAACUGCACAUGGGAUGUGGUCGACUUGCCACAAGGGGUCAAGCCAAUUCGCUCUCAAUGGGUGUUUGUGAUCAAACACAAGUCUGAUGGCACUGUGGAACGCUACAAAGCCAGACUCGUGGCAGAUGGUCGUGGCCAGCGCUAUGGCAUUGACUACCACGAGGUGUUUGCACCCACCUUUAGACCUGCUACUCUGCACGUCAUCCUCGCUCUUGCUGCCCAGAACAACCUCAAACUGCGCUCCAUCGACUUCUCUUCUGCCUAUCUCAAUGGGGACCUGGAUGAAGAUGUCUACAUGACUCAACCAGAAGGGUUCCCCCAGGGAGAGAAGGGCCAGGUCCUGAAGCUGAACCGGUCUAUCUAUGGACUGAAGCAGGCUGGCCGCCAGUGGCGCAUCAAGUUGGUUGCCAAGCUGACUGCCAUGGGGUUCAAGUGCAUCAAGUCUGACAGCUCCUGCCACAUCUACUCUGAUGGUGUUGUGCGCGUGAUCCUGCCCAUCUAUGUUGAUGAUGGCACCAUUGCUGCAAAGCAUGAUGCUGACAUUGACAAGGUUAUUGCCCAGCUGGGUACAGCUUUCAAGGUGCGGGAUCUGGGUCCCACAGAGUGGCUUCUGGGGAUCAAGAUAGAGCGUGAUGAGCACACUGGGGACAUCAGCAUCUCCCAGCGCCAGUAUGCUGUCAACCUCCUGGAGCAGUAUGGCAUGGCUGACUGCAAGCCUGUGGACACCCCCAUGCUACCUGGCCUGUCUCUGACCAAGGAGAUGGGAGCCAAGACUGAGGAGGAGUCCAAGCAGUUCAAGGGCAACUAUCUGUCUGCUGUUGGCUCUCUGAUGUACCUGGCCUGUCAGACUCGACCUGACAUCUCCUAUGCUGUGGGGGUGCUAGCGCGCUUCAAUAGCAAUCCUGGUGAAGAGCACUGGAAGGCUGUCAAGCACCUGCUGCGAUACAUCCAGGGCACCCUUGACUUCCGCAUCACCUACUCCAAAUCCUCUCCCACCCUCUAUGACCCAGCCACCCACAUCCAUUCUGAUGACCUCUUCACCACCUUCACUGAUGCUGAUCAUGCUGGAGACAAGGACUCCAUGAAAAGCACUGGGGGGUAUGUCAUCAUGAUGGCUGGUGGACCAGUGAGCUGGAGGAGCAAGCUGCAGUCCACUAUCUCUCUGUCCACUACUGAGGCAGAGUAUGUGGCUGGUGUGGAUGCUGGGAAGGAGAUCAAGUGGAUGCGGAAUCUGCUGCACGAGCUGGAGCAUGGUGUGUCUGGGGCUUCUCCCUUGAUGAUGGACAACCAGUCUGCCAUUUCUGUGUCCAAGAAUCCUGAACACCAUGGGCGUAUGAAGCAUCUGGACCUUGCACACUACUGGCUCAGAGAUGAAGUGGCCAGAGGGUUCAUUGAUGUGAAGUAUGUGCCGACACAGGACCAGCUGGCUGACAUCAUGACCAAGGUGCUGCCUCGGCCUCAGGUGGCAAGGUUGCGCACACUAAUGAGAUUGCAGGGGAGAGGCUGA